UAUUCCCAAAACAAUCUUGAAAACAUAAAAAAAAGUUUUGCGUGCGCAUCAGUUAAAUAAACUUUUCACCUAUUUCUCGAGAAUUAUCAACAAUUUACAAGUGCUCUAUUGAUAGACCAAUCACUGGUGAACCUUGGGAUGUAGUGCAAAUGGUCUGUUUUUUUCAGCAGACGAGAUAAUCAAAAAUUGCGUAUUUUCGAGUGGAUGCGAGUGUAUUUGCCGUGGUCAGACGGACUCUGCGGGUGCAUGAGUAGUGAGACAGUCAAUUGCUAACGCCCAGACAAUGACGACGUCCAGCAACAUCAGUCCCAGUGGGAACAAAGUUAAUCCCGAUCUCGAGAAUGAGAGGAAGAAGUGUACAUUUCUCGUGGAGGAUUUCGCAGAAUUCUGGCACGGUGGCAAGGAAAAACUGGCAGAGAAGCGCUGGAGAGAGGAUUUUUUCCUCAAUGAUCCAGAAUUAAAGUCCGCCGUGCCGCUUGAGUAUUUAUCGCACAAGGAAAAGUAUGAAGAAGCCGUGAGAAAGUCCACGAUUGGCUUCAAGAAGAUUCGGGAAUUGAGAUCAUUGGGAAAAGAUGGAAUUGAUAACUAUAUGGCUUUAUUGAGUGGAAUGUUGGGUUCAGGAUUAACUCCCGAUGGGAAUCCUUUUAGUCUGCACUACGUGAUGUUUUUGCCAACACUCAUGGGUCAGGGAACACCUGAUCAACAGGCUGAAUGGAUGGGAAGAGCAUGGGCUUGCAAUAUUAUUGGGACUUAUGCUCAAACGGAAUUGGGACAUGGAACUUUUAUCCGUGGAUUGGAAACUACGGCAACUUAUGAUCCCAAAACUGAGGAAUUUGUCCUCAAUAGUCCAACAUUGACGUCCUUCAAAUGGUGGCCAGGAGGAUUGGCUCACACGGCUAAUUAUGCUGUGGUUGUGGCUCAGCUCUAUACAAAGGGUCAGAACCAAGGGAUUUUUCCCUUCAUCGUUCAACUUCGUGACGAGGAGACUCAUAUGCCGAUGCCAGGAAUAAAAGUUGGAGAAAUUGGUGCUAAGCUUGGCAUGAAUACAGUUAACAAUGGCUUUUUGGGCUUCGAUAAUGUCCGGAUUCCACGCAAAAAUAUGUUAAUGAAGAAUGCCCAAGUAGAGAAAGAUGGUACGUUCAUCAAGGCACCUUCCUCUGUUCUGACCUAUGGCACAAUGAUGUUUGUGAGGGUUGUAAUUGUCAGAGAUAUGGCCAAUUAUCUCUCAAAAGCCGUCACAAUUGCCGUAAGAUACUCAGCCGUAAGGCGACAAAGUCCUAUCAAUCCUGGGGAACGCGAACCUCAGAUCAUUGAUCAUGUUACCCAACAACUCAAGUUAUUCCCCCAAAUCGCCAAAAGUAUUGCCUUCAGGAUGACUGCUGACUACCUGUGGACCAUGUACAAUCAAGUGACAUCGGAGCUGGACAAGGGCGAUUUGGAUCGCCUACCAGAACUCCAUGGGAUGGCGUGUUGCUUGAAGGCCAUCACAACGUCUGAAGCUGCAGCUGCUGUUGAGAUUUGUCGUUUGGCGUGUGGAGGACAUGGCUACAUGUCCUGCUCAAGCUUCCCGACGACUUACGGACUCACAACGGCAGCUUGCACUUAUGAGGGUGAAAAUACCGUUCUGCUGCUGCAGACGGCAAGAUUCCUGAUGAAGGCCUGGGUUUCAGCGAAAAUUGGAGACAGUUUGGCACCGACUGUGGCAUAUUUGGGAAAUAACUACAAGAGCACUGUUAAUGGGAUUAGACCCAAGUGGGAUAAAAGUAUUCCUGGAAUCAUUAGUGCAUUCCAGACUUGUGCUGCUGGGAAAGUAAAUCUGGCUUUUGAGAAUGUGGAGAGGAGGAAAAAGGAGGGCAUUUCUCAUGAGAAUGCUACCAAUAUGACUUCUAUUGAAUUAGCGUCAGCUGCAGAUGCCCAUGGAAGAGCCUUCCUCAUUCAGGCAACUUACGAAUCCGUACAGGAAUUUGUAAAACAGGUUCCUCCGGCUCUAGGGGAAGUUAUUCAAGAUUUAGUUACCUUGUAUGCCGUGGAUGCUUCUCUACGCUUCCUUGGUGAUCUUUUGAGAUUUGUUGAGAUAACUGAGAAGGAUCUUCGAGAACUUCAGGCAACCCUGGAGACUCUCCUAACACGAAUUCGUCCCAAUGCUGUGGGAAUUGUGGAUGGUUUUGACAUCCCAGAUGAUAUUCUGCAAUCGGCUUUGGGAGCCUAUGAUGGCAAUGUCUACGAGAGGAUUUAUGCAGAAGCCAUGAAGAGUCCUCUGAACCAAGAGCCAGUGAACAAAUCCUUCCAUCUCUAUUUGAAGCCUUUCCUCAAGUCUCACCUCUAGAGGGGAUCAUUGUGGACUCUAUCAGUGAUUUUGGUGCUAUGAUUUUAUUAGAAAAAAAAAAGAUUUUAUUCGUGUUGUAUUAACUAGGUGAAGUAUUUUAUUAUUUUGUACUCGGAAUAUCAAUUCGUUGAAUAGAGAAAUUUUAUUCUUUGCUUGAAAAAAUACGUUUUUAAUUAUUCA